GAUUGUUGCCACUCACGCCGCUUGAAGAACCUGAUACGGUGUGCGAGCAGAAAAUCCAGCCGCUCUCAAGGGGCAAUUUGGGUUCCAAGGGUCUCAGGUCUGCCUUGCACACUUACACAGCUUGCGACACGACAGAACUGCUCAUAGUUGGUCAUAUAAGAGACCGCAACGAAUGUGUUUUAGAAAUAUGAUUAAGACCAUGCCAGUCCUGUCUUUACUCAUAACUCAUUACCUAACGUCUUUUGCCUCAUGCCUUGACUAUUACUCGAAAUAUCAUCUUCCUUUCCAUGACAGUCUCUUCCGGUCCACCUGCAAAUAUAUCACACCUCUGAGCACAUUCCCAAGAUGAGUGACCCGAAUUCCUGGAGCAGCGCGAUGUCAGCUGCAGAUUACGCAGUUCAUCAUGGCGUCUGGACGAACUGGUCUCGAGGGCGCAUCAUGGGAGCCACACUUACUCUGUCCCGGAAGGACGGUAAUUAUCUCCUCUCGUUCACAGCCGUCUUCAUCAGCCUCGUAUCAACGCGUUUCUGGCGCAUUCUUUGCUUCAUAGCACACAAGAGAUUUUCUACAUCAGAACCACGUGACGCCCUGCAUCAUCAACGACAAGCUAUUCUUCGAAACUCGGCGUCAGCACUCGCAAGUCUCUGGACCCUUUCUCAGUUGGUCUGGACGUGGCGCAAGGUAGCCGACCGGCUGCUUUCACGUGCCAUGCCGCUCGUUUUCACAGCCGUCUUAUGUGCCGCAGCCUUCACCCUGGCCGGAGGCUUCUCAUCACAGCUGUCGACAGGAAUCGGCAAUGAGGUCCUCCUAGAUGGGUCCCACUGCGGAAUCGUCAGUCCGGUCGUCAAUGGUUCUGGGAACCCCGAGCUGACCUACGCUGCCAACUCGCUGUUCAACGCUGCAAAUUAUGCACAGCAGUGCUAUGUGAACACAUCCCGGGCCUUUGACUGCACAAAGUUUGUCCAGCCGAGGCUUACUAGCUUCAUCGACCGUAAUGCACCGUGCCCAUUCGACAGCAGUGUCUGCCGCAGCAACGACUCGAAUAUCUACAUGGACACUGGCCACAUCGACACCAGCAAGCUUCUCGGCAUUAAUUCUCCGGCGAGUCAACGCAUCCUGUACCGGAGUACACUCCAAUGCGCACCAUUGAAGACUGGCAAUUACUCGCGCAACAUUGCCCUUCCCUCGGGGAAUUUCACGAGGUACUACUACGGGCCAUCAAACGCGUUCCAAGAUCAGGACUUUACCUUUGAGGCUCCAGAUCUCAAGUCCCAGUAUCCCGACAUCAGGGACGACCAUACCAAAGGGAGAGGGAGAGUCCUUCAAGUGGCGGCGAUCCGCGCAUACCACAUACCCGCACCUAUCCCAGAUACUUCCUCGGACUUCCAUCCCAUCCCCGAGCUGUCUCGAGACGACGGAGACCUGACGAUCGCGUUCCUCGUCGCAAACGGCGUGCGCUACACAGAGAGCACCAUCGACCCGUGGUACCGCGGAACGGUGCCGGGCGAGAAAUGGCAAUUCUUCGGCCCCGAAGAAGAAUCCGCUCAGGUGGCCUACAGCGCGGAGGAGGCGGCCUCGCCCCUGGGCUGCCUGCAGCAGUACCAGAUCUGCAACGGCGACGCCGGCCACUGCGGGCCGCUGAAGGGCUUCUUUGACUACCAGGCCCAGUCGGCCGGCGUCUUCAACAUCUCCGAGGAGGCGGUGAUGGAGGGCGGCUUUGUGGAGGACAACCCCCUCGGCCAGCGGUUCCAGUGGUUCACGGCCGUCGUGGCGUACGGGGGCAGCAUCUCCGUGUCGGACACGCUGGCGCAGCUCGGGCUGUUCUCGCUGUCCUCCCAGAACGUCAUGAGGGAGGGCGUCAUGGGGUCGCUGGCGGGGAACCAGUGGCAGCUUGACGUGGAGCGCUGGUGGGCCACGGCCCUCGCGUCCACGCAGGCGGGGCUGGUCGAUGUCGCCGUUGGGCCGUCCGAGGGUCUGGAGCCGUACACGAUCCGUCCGCCGAGCUCGCACAUUCAGAAUGCUUUCUGCAACAGUCAGAAGAUAUUGAGCACCAAGUCUACAUCUUUCAGCCUGUUUGGGAUAUACUUCACCUACGUGGUCGGCACCGUCAUCAUCGCCAUCUCGUAUCUCCUUGAGCCCAUCCAGGACUGCCUGUACCACCGGAAGAAAAUCGCGGGCUACUCCCGCCUGGAAUGGGCGACGACGGAGAGCUUGCAGCUUCAGCGGGCGGCGUAUCAGGGCAUCGGCUCCGGGACGUGGACUGGCCACUUUGAUGCCAUCCCCGUGACUAAGUCUGAUGAGAUCCUGGGCGACUUGGCUCAUACCUACGACCCCUGACCUGGCUCAUUCUGUAUCAUUCAACCAGGGCUGGGUCUUGGGUGCUGCGUCGUCACCAACAACAGAUGGAUGCUUUGAUGGGUAACGAGGGGCGGGAAGCCAAUGAUCCUAGAAUAUUCU